AUGACUAGCGAGAUCAUUAUCUAUCAUGAUUUGCCAUUUAGAUAUGCUGAGUAUGAGAAGGUUAGAGCUAGGGAUUUGUAUCUCAAUCCGGAUUGUAAACCAAUAUGUAGACGAACUGCUGUCGCUGAUGUCUUUAGAAGGUAUGAAAUAGAAAAGGAAAAGCUUAGGAAUGUGUUUGCAAAGCAUCAGGGUAGAGUUUGCUUUACUUCUGAUUUGUGGGUAGCUCGUCCCACUACCAUGGGUUAUCUCUGUCUGACUGCCUCGUUCAUCGAUGAUGACUGGAGGUUGAACAAUAAGGUCUUAGCCUUCUGCGUUGCGAGGUGUCCACACACUGGUGGGGAACUUGCUAGCACGAUCAUUGAGUGUUUGAAGGAUUGGGGUUUGGAGAAAAAAGUAUUCUCUUUCACUUUAGAUAAUGCGACCAACAAUGAUAGUAUGCUGAGAAUACUUAAAGGGCAGCUUCAGAUGAUGAGUGGCAGUGGUUUGUUAUGUGAUGGGAAGUUCAUGCACGUGCGAUGUUGUGCUCACAUCCUAAAUCUGAUAGUGAAAGAUGGGUUAGAGUUAGCAAAGAACCUUUUACAUGACAUUAGGGAAAGUGUCAGGUACGUAAAGGCAUCUCCACAAAGGAUACAGUCCUUUGCUGCUUGUGUUGAGAGAGUUAGGCCUAGGAUCACGGGUGGAGCAGGUCUAUCACUUGACGUUUCAACUAGAUGGAACUCUACAUACGAUAUGCUAGUCCGGGCAUUAAAGUUCAGAGCAGCUUUUGAAAGCAUGGCCUCUUUUGACACCCACUAUAAGACAUUGCCUUCAGCCGCUGACUGGGACCGAGGAGCUAAAAUAUGCUCACUGUGA